CAGACUUUGCUCAUCCCUUCGCCUUUUCGCUACGACCUUGGCCUUUGAAGGGAUUUUCAUCCCUCUUCAACACCUCUUGAAUUGCUUGGACAAAUCGGAAGCAUAGGCAACGGAGGAUUGUGGCGCCGGCCUAGGGUUUUGACCCUUCUCCUGGCCGGCGGCCGCUCUUGCACGCCCUCACGACGGGGACAGAGCGGACUCGCUACGACUCGGCGCUAGCGCUUUACCAUCUGAUACAGAGCAAUCAGUCGAAACAGAUAAAGAUGGGAGCUGCUGCGGCGCCGGUGGGAAUGCGGAACGGGGGCGAAUUGGCCGGUAUAGUGGUUCUGGUGGUGUCUAAUUUGGCGGUGUGUGCCGAGGGUAAGGCAGCUCUGUUGGACGCCCAAGCGGUGGAGACGGUGGUGGGGUGGCUGAGGCACGACAACGAGUUGGAUGACGCCACGCAGGAGAAUUCUCUGUAUUCAAUGACUCAGGGGUGUUUGAAGUUCAAGGGAAUGGCCUGAAACGCCAUACCGGCCAAUAUAGCUUGGGAUCUGAC